CCACGACUAUAGGAUCGAUGGCUCGACUCUUCUCUCAUUCACUACCCACACCUGGAUCCACUGACCGCACGCCUUCCUUUCCUUCGGCUGCUAUCUGAGAUCUGGAAACCUGUCGUACACUAAGGGAACAUUUACAUAACCUGUGCUUAAAGAAGUUAGAAUUUACAUCGCCAAGGAAAAAUAACGAAGGAAGAGUUUGCAAUUUAAGUGUGUGAACCCAGUGAGGGGAACCUAACCAUGUUUUGGUUACGACUGGCUGCUGCCAUAUGUUGCUUCACGUGUUUGUACGCUCGUAGGUUUCCCUCUUACGAUUAUUUCGAUGACAGAUUCCUCCUCCAGAUGAAGAACCUCCUGGGUGACCGUGAAGCUGGGAAGGGCGUGAUCCCAGCGAGCCGUCUGCAAGAGGAUCGAAGCUGGCAGCCCAAAGUGAACCUGGGUCAGGUGUCAGGAGUGUCCUUCGAUCCUGAGGGACGACCUGUCUUCUUCCACAGGAGCAUACGGAUCUGGGACUCCAAUACAUUCAACGCGACGAACCACUUCCAGGGAGGAGGGCCCCUGCAGGAGGAUGUGGUGGUGGUGCUGGAACCUGACACUGGUGAUGUCAUCCGCUCCUGGGGCCACGGUCGGUUCCUCCUCCCUCAUGGCAUCACCGUCGACGAUAAGGGAAACACUUGGCUCACUGAUGUAGGCCUCCACCAGGUGUUUAAGUUCGCUCCUGAAAGUGAGGAACCAGAACUGACAUUAGGCGAGGCUCAAGUCCCAGGGAGUGACGACAGGCACCUUUGUAAGCCCACUAAUGUAGCUGUAGCCUCCUCUGGGGACUUCUUCGUGGGUGACGGCUACUGCAACGCUCGCAUCCUUCGCUUCUCUCCUGACGGAACACUCAAAGAUCAGUUCGGUCACCAAGGAAGCGACGGCAGCCCAUCGUCCCUGUUCGUGCCCCAUGGACUGGCAUUGGAUGAGUCCCGUGACCUGCUGUGUGUGGCUGAUCGGGAGAACCAUCGGGUAGUGUGCAUCAGUGCGGGACUCCUGAAUGACAAGAACUUCGGCGAGCCCUUCAUGACCCUUCAGGGACCUAACCGUGGCCGAGUCUUUGAUAUUGCAAUCCAUAGUGGUAGGUUGGUGGGUGUGAGUGGCAGUGAUGUGGAGGGCGGUGCUACAGGUUUCACAGCUGACCUCAGUAAUGGUGACCUCCUCGAUAUCUGGGGACCUAUAACAGGUUUCCACAAUCCUCACUCCAUCGCCGUGAGUCAGAAUGGCCGGAUUAUUUACGUCGGUGACAUCAACCCAAAUCAAGUGUGGAAGUUCAUCGUGGAUAACGCAACAGGGGUGUGAGAGGCUGUGAAAGCACUAGUGUUGGGUAUUGAGUGACUCUACCAUCACCAUCAGCAGCAGCGACAAGACCCACUAUACUGCCUCCGACAACCUCCUCAACACGCAGUUCUUCGUACAGUGAAGGAUGACCUGGUUUAUGAUUCUCUCUGUAUUACUUAAAACUCCGUUAGUUGAGGACCAAUUUCAGUAUUGUAUAACUACGUGACCCAACUUGUAAUGAUCGCCACAUAACGUUAGCCAGAGCUGUGAGAGGCAGGUAGAAACACGUGAAUUAUCCAUUUAUCUCCAAGUAUACUAAUUAACACAGGUAUUGAUGUACUCCAUGUGUGGAAGACGAACUUGGAGACGUUUAUCACAGUAUAUGAAGGUUUUCCCCCUAUAUAAUCAGUGGUUUAGGAAGCCCUGGUGGCGGCAUAAUCAGAGUGAGAAUAUCAAGUUUCUCUCACAGUUUAGAUGUGUAGAAUAUCCUUGCUGCAAAGUAGAACCCCUCUUGCUGAAGAACCCGCAACACAAGGCUCUAUAUAUACACGUCUCUUCGCCUACUGCCUUGACAUCACUCACUAUUACGUGCAGUUUGUUUACGUUUUUUUUGCACUGCACAAUAAACAAAGCUCGUAUGUCGUCAGAGUUGCAGGGUGGACGUGUGUAUGUUAAGGGCUGCUGUAGGGGGGUGAGGGAAGACUGUGACAGCUUCCCGGUGAUCACGAGGCCUCCUCUCAUACCUAACGCGAAGGCCUCCUGGUCAGGGUAUUAUAUUUACAAGUAUAAGAUUAUAUAUAGAACUAACUUAUAAUAUUACAUAAGCUAUAACUGACAGUAUAUAUAUAUUUAUCGUAUUGACUCAUUAAAUCCGGGUUGGGUGAGGAAGGUUGCCUGUCAGGGAACAUGAGACGUCUAAGACCAGUUGAGACCCAAGACCACAACAGGUGUAUUUAGUAUCAGUAUUAUGACAAAUGAGCCCAAGGUACCGAGUAUUAUUAUAUUAUAGUGGAUCGGUGAUGAAGCAGAGGUGAACAGUGCCAAGGUGAACAACCAGGGAGAACAUCUGUGGAUUAGAGAACACGGUUGGGUGGCAGGGACUGAGUGGCUGAAACGAGAACAUAUUGUUACUUUAUCACUGGUGUACUUAAGGAAGGCGAUACUCUAUUGCUACUUGAUGUAUAGUCUUGGCAUGGGUGAUGAAGAUGGCAUUGUGUUAGGUCGGUGAGAACGUCAGGGUGACAGAGUAAAAUAUGAUCCUUUUAUUUACUUCAAGUGUAGGUUUCAAGAGUGACAGAAGUGGCAGAAUGAGGCAUCGUCGUUCACUGAGAGAGUCGUGGUUGUCUUAAGUUGUCUACAGGAGAGGUGUAGUAAAGCCCUUCACCCCCCCAUGUUCACGUAGGGUGUUGUAGUACACUGAGUGGUGUGGUACCUCCUCUCCCUCUACAGCCACCCUCCAGAACACCUCCUUCUGUAGAUGAGUGUCGUGGAUACUCUCUUUAGGACGGUCACUAUCUCGGGAAAAUUCUGGUCUGCCUGUAAUAGAUUGUUACAUCUUUAUCUAUCACGUAUGACCCUACAUGACCUUACAGGUGACCUCGGCUGGUGCUGGAUGCCGAAUUUACACGUUUGAAUCUUGGCAUCUGACACCAGGUGGGAAGUUUACCACACACAAUGGUGGCUGGACACUGACCCACAAACUAGCACAAUAAUGAUAAGUCCGCAUGUAUUAUUAGCAAACAAUUAAUAGGGAUGUGAAGUAGGUAUAGUGUAUAGGCAGAUACAUAUUCUUGUAGGAGGUAAAGGAAGAAGGCGACCAAGUAAUCCAUUAUGGUGAGGUGUGGGCAGUAUACCGAGGAUCAUGAUUGAACACGUCUCAUAAAUUAACUUUUAAUUUAACCAAACAGAUCUAUAUUUUAUAACCCGAUAUAGGGAUCAUGCUGUAAGUUUAAUCCAUUAUUUAUGAUAAUCUUUAACAUCACAAAAAUACAAAAAAACAUGAUAUUAGAAUUAAAUAAAUUAUAUGUUAUUGAUCUGAGACGAGGAUAUGUAUAGUAUAGUUAUUGUGUACAUAAGGAGGAAGCUAGGAGUUAAUGCUAUAUCAAUAAUUAAUAAACGUUUGCUCAAAGUAUGGAGCUUAAUUCAACUAUAUCACAUAAUAUAAUCUUAGUUAAAAUAUAUAUCUACUACCUUGUGUGAUAAUUAUAUACACAAACUCUCCCGUGUUAAUCUUACAUAUACAACAUUUCUUUAUCAUUGUGUUAAAUAUCUGUUAUAUUCUGAGUCCAUAAGAUUGAACUAUUCCUUAUGUAACAAUUCAGACAAACUGUUUCAUUGACUACUAUGCAAAUAAUGAGUGGGGAGUGUCAGGUUGUAGCAGGUCUUGUUGUGGCUGGAACACACACACCCACACACACACACACACCCACACACACACACACACACACACACCUGGGGACCUGCUAGUGGAGUCUGUAUGAAUGAGUUACAGAUCAAAUGGGGUCCCAGUUCUAAUGGGCCCCAGAUAUCUAACCUAAACAUCGGGCUUGGGGUCCAUUUAGAGUAGACUUUUAGAACUGGCCCACUGUGAUCGAUGCCCAUUAAGACUUAAGCUCCAUAAAAGUGGUGCCCCAUUAGAACGAGGCCAAAGUGUUAAUGGUUUGUGUGGGGGGGGGCGAGCUGACCAGCCAGACACCAUGUAGGAACAUUGAAUUGCCAUAACAUUUCAGUAAAGACAUUUAGUUUAUCAUGUUAAUAUGUUUUCUCAUAGUGACCCUAACCUAACUUAACCUGACCUAAUCUAACCUAACCACCAACACUACCUUCUCUCUUAAUAUCAUUUACCACCACACAAGUAAAUAAAGACAUAAUAAACAUUCAAUAAUAUUUUUUAUCACGGUAGAGACAGGUCAUGUUAUCCUAUCAUGUAAUGGGGAUAUACUGGAAUCUACACUACAGACCUAACUAUUGUCAGUUCAUUAUCUACCUACGUAUAUAUAUUCACCCUAUAUCAACUGAGAUACUAUUAAAAAUAUAUUAAAUUUUAAGCAUUUCAAAGUUCAUAUCAUAUAGUAAGAAAUACUAUGUAGUGUUAUAGCCAUAUGCAUUAAACAUAUACAAUUAUACAUAUAUAUUUUUUGUGUGUGUUCUAUAUGUACUGGAGUAUAAUGGAGACAGCAGGUCAAAGUGAAUGGGGCUUUCACCUCACGGAAUAGCCCAAGCGUUUAGUUUCAGAAUUCAGCGUUUAAAAAAAUGGUUGCAAGUCAUAGAGGCGCCAGAAGUAAUGUUGCCUCAGUCAUAGGACGGCCCCGGAGUUAAUGGUUAGGUUAGGUUAAGUGAGCAGUAUGUUCCAAUAUAGGUAAACAGUGUACUGUGUCGUGGUAACGUCUAGGGGCCCUACUUGAUUCGGUUGCCAGACAUAAUCGAUAACUUUAAAUCUAACCUAGCCUAACAUAAUCUAACCUAACCUAACAUACACUAACCUAACCUAACAUAAUCUAACCUAACCUAACAUAAACUAAACUAACCUAACAUAAUCUAACCUAACCUAACAUAAUCUAACCUAACCUAACAUAAUCUAACCUAACCUAACAUAAACUAAACUAACCUAACAGGGUACUACCUCUUGUGGGUAGAUAAUAUUUUCCCUAGAGUUAUUUUGGUGUUGGUAUUACAGUUAGGUGAAAUUAAUCAAGUGAAAUAAAUGCCUCAUCUUGUAAACAACACUGAACUGAAGGCUACCGUGGGUAUAUUUACCAUCCAGUACAGUAUUCAAUGUGAUUUUAAUCCCUUCAGAGUAUCGCAUUUUUAGGAGUGUAAAGAGAUGUAUUAUUACUGUAUUAACUAACAAAAUAAAAUCUGUAUAAUAAAUAAUACGUUGGGAACUCGUCACUGUCUCGGGAGUUCUUGCUUCAAGCUGGUGAUGUACUGUACCUGGUGAAGAGGGAUGUAUCCCCUUAGAGAUAAUCAUUAAAACUAUCAUGAA